CCUGCCUGGCUUCAACCCCCUAAGGAUGGACCCUUCUGUUCCCACUGCUGCCCCUGUCCCAGCCCUGGCCCUGGCCCUAGCUCCAGCCCUCCCGCAGGCCCCCCAGGCACCUCCUGGCCUAUUAAGUCCAUCACCACUUGCCUCUGGACAACGUGUAGGUGGCAGUGAAAGAGGAGCUUGCCUUUGGAGGCCUUGGCUGUCCUCUACAAAUGACCCGCCAAGGCAGGUGAGGAAACUCAUAGACUCGGCUACCGGUGGGGCAACAGGUGCCGAAGUCACCAAGGCUAACUGCAAGUUCCAUCACCCUGUCAGGCUCUUCUGGCCUAAAUCCCACUCUUUUGACUAUUUGUACAGAGAUGGGGAGAUUCUACUGCAGAACUUCCCUGUCCAGGCCACCAUCAACCUAUAUGAGGACUCAGACAGUGAAGAGGAAGGGAAGGAAGAGGAGGAGGAGGAGGAGGAGCAACUUCAAAUCCGGUACACAAAGUCAGGAGGCAGCUCUCUGCCAAAUUCAGUCUUCCCUCCAGCUCCAUCUCAGCUGGUCCAUCCUAGUGUCCUACACUUCCUCACCCCAGCACUAAUGACUCCCGUAUCCCCCACCCAAGAGCAACAGAGAGAGGCCACAUCAGUUGAGUGUGAGCCUGCAUCUGAGCUGGGCUUUGAAGGACGGACCCAGGUGGGGAGGCUUGUAGCAACUUCCAUGCAAGUACCGAAACCCAGGUACAAAACCUUGGCAAAGAGUGAGGAAAUUCAAGAUGAUUGGAACAGAAGUGACUUGUUCAAUGUGGCACAGAAAGUCAGUGCAGGAGUUAAGACUGGACCCCAGAGUCUUGUGUUGAGUCCAGUGCUUUUCCACCAACCCUUGCAACCACCCAGGGCCCUGCGCUCUGGCUAA